AUGGAAAUAUCAGAAGACUCGGAAAAUGAGACCAGCCCAGCAUCACAAGCAAGACCACCUGCUAAUACUACACGUGCCCGUGCUCCUCGUCGCCAUGCCCCAGCUUCGGGUGCCCGUGCCCGUGCCCAUUCCCCUGCUGUCCCUGCUGCCCCUCAUGCUCCGACUGCUCCAACUGCUCCAACUCCGACUGCUCAUGCUGCUCAUGCUUUCCCUGUUGCUCCCGCCGCUCCCGGUGCAGGCAGCAAUUCCAAUCUAGUCCACUCCAGCUCCUUUAAGCCAAUACACCGGUUGAAAUUGUCACUCCCCAGAAUGCGGCGUGCAGAUGAGCGCUUCUUGUUGCCUGAGUCCAGUUACAACAUGAUAGUCAACGGCACAAUAUAUACGUCACUUAAAACAUUUCUUGUGAGCGUGGGAGAAACAGAAGAUGCGACAUUUCCAUGGUGGAGGGUUAUCCAAGACUUUGUGCACUUGUAUUUUGAACACUUUGACCAUGAAUACCCCGUGGUUCACCCAUAUGCACUAGAAUUCGGGCUUGACAAAACCUCAACCUCGUGGAUGGUACUUUUAGCAGUGGUCACUGUUGGGAGUCAAUAUAGCGCUUUCAGCAAUGCCAGUCUGUUUUCAGCAGCUUUCGGGGAGAUACUGUCUCACGCAAUAACACAAAACCGACCCCAAGCACCCGAAGCAACAACGUUAUCCUAUGCACAAAGCGUAUUUCUUAGUGACGUCUGCCUGAUGUUUGAUGGGUCACACAAGGCGCAGUUGAAGCUGCAGUAUGAACGAAAUGCACUUGUCACAUUGGCUCGUGUCUUGAAGGUUGAUCCAUGCAUGAACACAAAAGCGUCACAAGCCCCAAGACACUGGAAAGCCUGGCUGGCAAGAGAAUCUCGUAUACGUCUACUUCAUUGUAUCUUUCGUAUGUAUCCCUACGACAAGCCACGGGAGCGUGACUAA